CCUACUUUUACUCCUUUUUACCACUUAUUUCCUUCUCCGCCGCCUUGCUCUUUAACCUCCGAAAUGGAAUUCUUAACCGCCGACGGCCGGCUACCGAACGGCGUCGUUCCCCUCCCUGAUCAUUUCACCCCUUUCCCCGAACCCACAGAUGAACUCUUCCUCAAUCCAACGGCUGCCAUUCAUCCCCCGAUUUUCGCUCCCUGCAAAAGGCGCCGUUCCGUUAGGUCUAGACAAGGCCGUAACUUAACGAUGUUCCCGGAGCCGGAACCUAGCUGUGGUGGUGACGACGCUUCGCUGAGCUGUAACGCCGGCGAGUUAGGGCUUCUUGUUCAGACGACGAUGAACAACGGAGCGGCAACAAGUGAAUGUCCUGUUGCUCUGACGCCGGCGAGUGAUGUCGCCGUCGCCGGAAACGGGUGUCCGGCGACGGAGGUGCCUAUAGAGCUGCAAAUGAAGUCUGAGAUUGAUGCUCAAUUUACUAAUAUCAUCUCGCAAGCGCGUGCUUUGGAGGCUGAGUUAAGCUUUUCUUCCGAUGAUAGUGACUCAUCUGAGGGAGAAAAAGGACCUGAUGGUGAACGAGGAGAGAGUAAAAAGCAGAAGUUUGCUUUGUUUCUAGAAGACAUGGUGAGGAAAGUGAUGGACAAACAAGAACAAAUGCAUAAACAGUUGAUAGAGCUUAUGGAGAAAAAUGAACAGGAGAGAAUUCUGAGGGAAGAAGAUUGGAAACAGCAAGAAAUCGAGAGGGCAAAGAGGGAUGCAGAGUUAAGAUCUCAGGAAACGUCUAGGAGCAUGGCUCUACUUUCAUUCCUUAAGAAUUUCUUGGGUGAAGAGAUUCAAGUCCCGUCAGCCCAGGUCUCAUGCCCAGAAAAUGAUGAAAAUAGCAUUCAUGGUCAAGAAGCAAAGCACGAUUCAAGCAAUAGGAGAUGGCCAAAAUCUGAAGUGCAGGCGCUUAUAACAGUUAGAUUAGCCUUGGAUGACAAGUUUCAAAAUGGACCUAAGGGAUCCAUUUGGGAAGAGGUAGCUGCUGGAUUGGCCACCAUGGGUUACACUCGGACUCCAAGAAAGUGUAAAGAGAAAUGGGAAAACAUAAACAAGUACUAUAAGAAGAUGACCAAGAGUGUGAAGAGUUGCCCGAAGCUUUACAAAUCCUGUCCAUAUUUUCGCGAAUUGGACAUACUUUAUAGUAAAGGACUCGUUGCUCCAGUAACUGAGAAUGAUGUUGAGGAUGCUAAAGAGAUGACACUAGAAUGUGGGGUGAAUAUUGGGUAGCUCUGAAUUGCUGCUCGUAGGGUAAUUAAGGUUAAAUAUAGGAUCUGCCUAUUAUUUUAGCUUGUUUAAUGUAGAGCUUUGUAUGUUUUACUGUAACUGGUAAUACAUUUGCUAACGGAUCGGUUGUCAUGAUGAGGUUCAACUGGAUGGGAAGUCUGAAGAAUGGUCCAUAAACGGUUCAUUGAGGAUGUAAAAUGUGGGAUUCUUUUAACUUCUAUAUCGGUGAUCCUGUCGAAUUAUUUUGUGAAUACGCAGCUAAGUUCUAUUUUUCA